AUGUCUGGACGUGGUAAAACUGCAGGUAGUGGCAAGGCUCGCGCCAAGGCGAAAACCCGCUCAUCCCGUGCUGGUCUUCAAUUCCCAGUUGGUCGUAUUCAUCGUCUUCUUCGACGUGGUAACUAUGCUGAACGUGUCGGUGCUGGUGCUCCAGUUUACUUGGGUGCUGUCCUCGAAUACUUAUCGGCUGAAAUUCUCGAAUUAGCAGGAAAUGCUGCCCGAGACAACAAGAAAACACGUAUUAUUCCACGUCAUCUUCAAUUAGCCAUCCGAAACGAUGAAGAAUUAAACAAAUUGUUAUCUGGUGUUACAAUUGCUCAAGGAGGUGUUUUACCAAACAUUCAAGCUAUUCUUUUACCAAAGAAGACAGCUGAAGGUACAGUUUCAACACCACGUGAAGCAGCUGCACCAUCAAAAAAGAAAGCCGAAAAAGCUGACAAACCAUCAUCAAGUGGUAAAGCAGCCGACAAGGCCUAA